AGCCCAGGAGGCAGCGUGGGAAGGCAAAGGCAGCAGCUCAGAGCAGCCACUGGCUCAGGGGAUUGGUGGGUGCUCCAGCACUGGCCACAGCAGAGUGCUGAUUUCCACCCCUGAAGCAACAGGAUGACUCUGUGGGAUGGCUCCUUCCCCUUCUACCCCGGCACCAAUGCUUGCUUCCCCUUCGACACCACCUGGGCCAUCAUUGCCUCCGUCUUCCUCUCUGUACUGAUCACUUCCAUCAUCAUCCUGCCUGGCAUCCGGGGCAAAGGGCGGCUCUUCUGGCUCCUGCGGGUGGUGACAAGCCUCUUCAUUGGAGCAGUGGUCCUCACCAUACAGUUCACCAGGGACUGGGAGAGUGGCUGGGUGACAGCAAACAUCUCCUACAAAUCCUUCAGCCGCGCCAUGGUGAAUGCAAAUAUUGGGCUGCACAUCGGCCUGGCAGGAGUGAACAUCACGCUGGUCGGAAACCCAGUGAAUCAGGUCAAUGAGACCAUCAACUACAACGAGCACUUUGCCUGGAGCUUCGAUGCAGACUAUGACCACAGCUAUAGCGAAGGCCUGGAGAAGGGGCUGCCCAGCCCCAUCCUCUACGUGGCGGAGAAGUUCACCACACAAAGCCCCUGCAACGUGCACAGGCAGUACCGCAUCUCCAGCCAUUAUGCAUCCAUUACACUGUGGAUGGCCUUAUGCACCUGGCUCAUUUCUAUCCUACUCUUCUCCAUGCCCGUCCUCCUUUAUGGUGGCUACAUGCUCCUGCUCACUGCUGCAUUGAUGCUUUUCUCAUUGCUCUUCUUCGUCACGGUGAGGAACAUCCCAAAGUGUCCCAUCCAGUUUGGGCCAGCCUCCCUGAAAACAGAUUAUGGCAGAUCUUUUUGGCUGACAUUAAUAACAGGGCUGCUCUGCCUGCUGCUGGGGCUGGGUGUGAUUGUUCUCAACUCUGUGCACCCACAGAAACUGAAGCUUGUCUUCAACCUGGAUGAUGGAAAGAGAGAAGAAGUAAAUGAGUGGGACAAGUCCCAUCUGCCAGCCGAGUCCAGCUCCUCUGAGCAGGACAUACUGAUGGUGUCCCUGGGCGAGCUCUGUGAGGUGACAGCCACCAAGCUGUGAGGCAAAAACAACAUAGUCUUGGAGCUCUCCUUGAUGUGGAAGCUAAACCAAAAGAAAAUGGAGAGAAACCAAAUAUAUAUAAUAAACAUAUAAGUAUGAACCAAAGGAGAAGCAACCCCUACACACAUCCCAAUAACACACUCACCCCAAAAGGUCUGCAAGAAGCUCACUCUGCCCAACAGUGCUCUUCCCAUCAACAGGUAGAGAAGAAUGAGCAGAGCUGUGGACACGGAAGUACCCUAUAUUCAGCACCUGCUCUUGGUCUGGAGUGAAGGAUGGGUUGGCAAGGAAUCCCACGAAUUAGCAGGAUAUUGGUUGUACCAAACCUUGGAGACUUCUUCAGUGUUGGAAGUACCAAACUUGGAGGCAUCCUAAAUGUUGGAGGCACCAAGUCUUACAGAAUUCUUGCAUGUCAGAGAUACCAAGCCCUAGAGACCUCCUGGAUAUCAGAGAUACUAAAUCUUGGAGGCUCCCUGGAUGUCAAAGAUACAUAUCAGAUGUCAAAGGCAGAAACAUCAGUGAUGAUCACAAAAUGUGAUUUACCAAGACUCUUGUGGCCUUCUGAAAGGAAGAUAAAAUGUUUCGGUAGGUGGGAAGGAGAGGAGGAGGAGGGAAUGGAAGUGCAUGCCCCAGUGCCCCAGUCAGUAUCUGUAAACAGUUUGCAGGAGGAGGGUACCUAGAAGGUUUGGUUUCAUGCUGCUUAGUUGCACACUUGUUAUGGGACAUGCAAAGAUGUAAUCCUACAGACCCACAGUGGAUGUGGCCAACCACUCCUUGUUGCUGGCAGCUAGCAGGUACCUUGGUCAUGCAGGGUGUGUAUUUCAGGCUUGCAUCCCUUUAACUCUGUGCAGGCUUUGCAACACUGUUUUUCUGUUUUGUACUCACUUACUAUCCCUUCUGUCUCAAUAAAGUAAGCUGGACCUGG